AUGGCCGAGCAGUUUACGCUCCGUGGAACCCUCGAAGGCCACAGUGGCUGGGUUACUUCCUUGGCGACCUCGAUGGAGAACCCAAAUAUGCUCCUCUCCGCCAGUCGCGACAAGACCUUGAUCAUCUGGAACCUGACCCGCGACGAGACAGCAUACGGAUACCCCAAGCGAAGUCUCCACGGCCACUCUCACAUUGUUUCUGACUGCGUCAUUUCCUCCGAUGGUGCAUAUGCCCUUUCAAGCUCUUGGGAUAAGACUCUCCGUCUGUGGGAACUCUCCACUGGCAACACCACCCGUACCUUUGUCGGCCACAACAACGAUGUCCUCUCCGUCUCCUUCUCCGCCGAUAACCGCCAGAUCGUCUCUGGUUCCCGUGACCGAACAAUCAAGUUGUGGAACACUCUCGGUGACUGCAAGUACACCAUCACUGACAAGGGCCACACCGAAUGGGUUUCCUGCGUUCGCUUCAGCCCCAACCCCCAGAACCCUGUCAUCGUUAGCGCUGGCUGGGACAAACUUGUGAAGGUCUGGGAACUCUCCACCUGCCGCAUCCAGACUGACCACAUUGGCCACACUGGCUACAUCAACACUGUCACUAUCUCUCCUGACGGCUCCCUCUGCGCUUCCGGUGGAAAGGACGGAAUCACCAUGCUCUGGGAUCUUAACGAAUCCAAACACCUCUACUCCCUCCAAGCAGGAGACGAAAUCCACGCCCUCAUCUUCUCUCCCAACCGCUACUGGCUCUGCGCUGCCACUACCAGCAGCAUCACCAUUUUCGACUUGGAGAAGAAGAGCAAGGUUGACGAACUCAAGCUCGAGACCGAGGCUACGAAGAAGGGUCGGGAGCCCGAGCCAACCAGCUUGGCUUGGUCUGCUGAUGGCCAGGCUCUCUUUGCUGGUUACACUGAUAACAAGAUUCGGGCCUGGGGCGUUCUGUCAAUGGCAUAG